CAUCGCGGAUGGGCUGAUUCGUUCUGCUGCAAGCGACGCCCUUCGUGGCUGGCUUGUCGAGCUGACUACCUACUCACGCAUGUAUCUGACUGGCUGGCGGAUAACGCGAAUCACAUUUCAGCCUCGCAUUUCGUACUCAGUAUGCCCAACAAGUUUCUCGGAACAUCUGGCCCAGACCAAUAUAGGAAGCCUGUCGAACUUCGUUGUUGCAACAUAUAUGCCAUUAACCUGCCAGUAUCAAUUGAGAAGCGUCGCUUGCUGUGGAGCUUCAGAUGAUGAGGGAACUCGUCUCCUGAACAUUGGACAUCAUUGCCUCCGACUACCCGGGUCAACUGACCUGACUAGGCUUUCCUGCAUUUUGCGAAAGUCAAUCGAGAGUCGAAGGCAGCGAGGGCGGAUGCUGCUUGAUCAAAGUCGCUCGACAAUUGGCCGAGUUCCAGCCAAACGACGAAAUCCCAUGCAAGGUCUUUCCGAUGCAUCUCAAACCGGGAAAACCGCGAUAAACAUGGCGGAAACUGCACCGCACGGAUUAUUGGGCAUGUCGUGGAACAGUGUGUGCAGCGAUAUCUUAGCUGGGGAAUCAUAAAAAGCAUCGAUACCCCGCAAUUGCAUCCCAGCAACACAUUGCUGAUCGAAAAAUAUACGCAAUCUUAACAUGGCGACAGUCAAAUCUUGGAUCGGGAGAGCGAUUGUAGUGUAUCUCUUGGCUGGGCUUGCGAUUGCUACAGCGCCUUCGUUGAAACAACUGAGCCAACAGCUCUCAAAACAGGCGGAGGUAUACCUUCCGGGAUCAGAAGGCUUUGCAAAUGCGACUUUACGCUGGAAUGCUGCGGCUCUACCACAUUUGGAUAUCAUUGUCAAGGUCGAAACCGAGAGAGAUGUCGAGCGCACGGUAUGCAUUGUCCGCCAUUUGAUGAUACUUGGUACUGGUA